AGAAAAUAGAUCAAACAUCACCGCGCGCCAAAAGCGGUUUGCGGCAAUGACGGCCUGGCGGGAGACGGCAUGCGGGCAUUGCGUGGGCAUAGCACUGCUUCUCUAUGGGCUUUUCAACACCUAUCUCUUUGUGAAGUUCACCCCCGUGUACAGCGCGACCUCCUGCGGUGACCAGACGGCGGAAAUUAAGAACUUCGAGAUUGGGGAAACGAUCCUCGUGUCGUUGGAGAUCCACGUCUUGUGCUCCAACCCCAACCCUUACCAGGUGAAGAUCCUGAAGGCCACGCCCGGCAAUGUCUAUAUCGGAGAGCAUAGAGGUACAGAUGUCGGAGUGCUGACGCUCCUGGAGGGGUCAGCCUUGCCCGCAGAGGGUGAAGGCCUUGUCAAGGUGUUGAUGGAGAGCGAGAUCUCCAAGUCGUCGUCAGGAUCUUUGGCGAAGAAGUUCCUUGGCAACGGGGAGAUUCCUAUCUUCAUGGAACUCAAAUUUGAUGUGGGCAUCGACAUCAAUUUCGGAUUGCAGCGCUUCGGCACUACGGCACCCUUCGACAAGAAGUGUGGCAUGAACAUUGGCGCCAUGUUCCAACGGGCCGCCAACAAGCUGGGCCCAAUGGUCUGCCGAGACUCCUUCGAAGAGCUCGUGCUGCCAGAUUUGGGAGAGGCUCCAGGCCCCAUGUCUUUCUCGGCGGCGCAAAUGGAUCCAGACCGGAUCCGCAUGGGCGAGCGCCUGAAGAAUGUCAGCAUCCUCGGCGUGGGGGGCGUUUGUUACCUCGUUGGCUUCUUCUUGACGUACUCCUUGUGGUUGAAUCCGUGGCACUACUUCCAGUGGCCUCUAUCGCGCAGCGUCAGCCGCAGCGUGAGCCGUGAGUUCUCGAAUGGCAACGGCCUCUCCCUUCGCCGGAUCUUGGCACGAGACAGGAGCCCGAACCCACAGCCCUCUCCGAAGCGGGACGGCAACGGCGAGAGGGUCCAGAUGAUGUCCCUCCUCACCUGCGGUGCUUUUGGCUGGUGGAACGGCUCCAAAGCCCAGCCCCACAUGGCCGGCCGCAGCGAGAGCCAAGCCAGCGGUGAGCUGCGGGGCUUGCAGCCCAGUUGCCUCAGAUCCAAGGCGUGAGCACACGCUGUAGCAAGCUGGAGGAAAGACCGAAAGACCUAGAUUUAACUUCAUGAAUGGUCUCAAGAGUCUUUCUAACUUAAAGCGUGCGAGCAUGCGUGUGUGCUUGUCCGGUUCAAGUAACAUCCUGCUUGUACAUACAGAAGUCGGUGGGCGGAGUUGUGGUUUCUUUCUGCGUUGGCGCGCUUUUUUCCACGCUCGGGCACAAGCCUCUAGGCGUUCUCGAAAGCGGCUGUUCGCGGGAGGGAUGGGAGUUUCAGGGAUGGGACACGUUGCUUCGCAAAACC